GGAAGAGGUGUGUGCUCGUGUAGCCAUACUGGCUGUUUUGGGUUAGGUUACAAUUUACCCAUUCAGGGGGAAAUGGCGAUAGGAAACACAAUAGCGUAGAUUCCCAGUAUUACAAUUUCCAGAAAUUAUACGACGGUAAGAAAAGUGAAAACAAUUAGGGCUAUUUCAAUGUUAUUUUGGCAUGGAUCUUCCGGAAGUGAUGUGUUUUUAAGUUUGAGUAACGAGGCAGUUUUUGCCGUAGAUGGUAUAUAUAUAUAGUAUGCUAUAUGGUUUUUGUUUGUGCACGGAAACGCAAACCUAAUGUCAGUGUGUGUCUGCCGGUGUUUGUGUUUUUGCGAGCAAGUUUGUGUUGGGGAGGGGUCUUGGUCAUGUCAGGAGACUGGGAUCUUUUAUCAAAUGAUUACAUUUUGGUCUUGGCCACUUCUUAAUCAACUACAAUAGGCUUUGGUGGAGGAUUAGCCAGCAGAUCCGAUGCUGCUUAUUUACAGCUGCACUGCGGUCAGACAGCAUCCCUGUGUAUAUUAAGACACCCGUGGAGCCUGUGCGAGAUAUGGCUCGGAAAACAAAGGCCCCUACCUCAAUCAGGGAUGAGAAAUACGCUGUACUCCGAAUUGUUCCAUUAUCCCAACUGUUACACGGAGCAGAUUGAACGACUGCUAGUUUUGAAGUAAACUGCCGUUUUUGUCCUCUUGAUUGUUAGCAAUUCUUAGUACAACCCAUUUCUCAUUCCUGGAUUGAGGUACAACCCAUUUCUCAUUCUGAGCCAUAUCUCACGCCGGCUCCGUGCAUGUGUCUUAAUAUACACAGGAAUGCUGUCCGACCCGGAUCAAGAAGGAAAUGCUCAGAAUGACUAAAUGUUCAACCAGACCUGUUUCUGAAAAUAUUUUCUGUCAUAUAAAUGUCAGAUGAUAUUAUAAGAUGUAUUACAUUAUGUCAAUGUUACUUGUAUAUAACAGAGCGGGUGGGUAAUAUACUCCUGAGUGGCGCAGUGGUCUAAGUGGUCUAAGGCACUGCAUCGCAGUGCUAACUGUGCCACUAGAGAUCCUGGUUCGAAUCCAGGCUCUGUCGCAGCCGGCCGCGACCGGGAGACUCAUGGGCGGCGCACAAUUGGCCCAGCGUCGUCCAGGGUAGGGGAGGGAAUGGCUGGCAGGGAUGUAGCUCAGUUGAUAGAGCAUGGCGUUUGCAAUGCCAGGGUUGUGGGUUCGAUUCCCACGGGGGGCCAGUAUAAAAAAAUAAAAUAAAAAUAUGUAUUCACUAACUGUAAGUCGCUCUGGAUAAGAGCGUCUGCUAAAUGACUAAAAUGUAAAUGUAAACGUAAUUAUUGCUGUUCCUUUUUUCAUACUUGUGUGUUGAUGAUGGUCAGUGCAGUGGUUGUUGCUGAGUCAGUAUGGGCAACAACAGCAGCAGUGGUGAGCGGGCCAGUGCUGGUCAGGGUGAGAGGCCCUAUCAGCGUGAUGAUGGACAAGGUGCCAAGGAUGGCGCACAGCCCAAGAUCCUCAUGGACAGCACAGAUGAUGCUGACCUUUUUAACACCCGAGAGGAUAAAAAGGUACAGAAAGCAUAUAGAUAGUGAAGUCUAAAGGGGUUAAUUAAUUCAGAUUUAUAUUAAAGUUGCUGUAGGGUAGGCUAUACCUAACUUUUUGUGAUGGUGUUAAUGUGAGUCCAAUUGUGCCAGGCUCCUCAGGAGAUCCAGGAGUUUCUAGCCUGGCAGCGGGACCUUGAGAGUGACAGUAAAUGUCCCAGUCAGGCCAAGCCCACUGUGUUCCGUUGGACAGGCGCUGGCAAAGAGGUCUUUGUGUCUGGAUCAUUCAACAACUGGGCCACCAAGAUUCCCCUCAACAAAAGGUGAGCAGUUUUGGGAAAACCCGAACAGAGCACUUUAAUUUGGCAAAACGUGAAUAGUUGAUACUGAUUUACAUUUGAAUGAUGUUUCCUGCUCAAUAUUGAUUGUAUUGUGUUCUUUUUAUGACCCAGCCAGAACAACUUUGCGGCGGUUGUGGACUUGCCUGAGGGAGAGCACCAGUAUAAGUUCUGUGUAGAUGGACAGUGGACCCUCGACCCGACAGGGGUGAGUACAAACCCUCUCUCUGUCUGAAUGAUAUAAUACCAUUCCCUCUGUGUUCAGUCUUUCAACUGUAUUUCAUCUGUCACAGGCUGUGUUGACGACCAAAACUGGCACUGUCAAUAAUGUCAUCCAGGUGAAGAGGACUGACUUUGAAGUGUUUGAUGCCCUCAUGAUUGAUUCUCAGGAAUGUGCAGACAUGUCAGGUACUGAUGCUUGAUUACCAUCAUAAUUCAUGUGUUUUACCAAUAACUCCAUUUAGUGAUGAAGGCAGUUUCACUUCUGAUGAUAUACACUGCCUUCGGAAGUAUUCAGACCCAUUGACUUUUUCCACAUUUUGUUAGGUUACAGCCUUAUUCUAAAAUAUUUUUAAUUUUUUUUAUCAUCAAUCUACACACAAUGACAAAGCAAAAAACAGGUUUUUAGAAAUUUGUGCAAAUGUAUGAAGAAACCCCCCCCCCCCGGAAAUAUCACAAUUACAUAAGUAUUCAGACCCUUUACUCAGUACUUUGUUGAAGCACCUUUGGCAGCAAUUACAGCCUUGAGUCUUCUUGGGUAUGACGCUACAAGUUUGGCACACCUUUAUUUGAGGAGUUUCUCCCAUUUCUCUACAGAUCCUCUCAAGCUCUGUCAGGUUGGAUGGGGAGCGUUGCUGCACAUUUUCAGGUCUCCAGAGAUGUUCAAUCGGGUCCAAGUCCGGGCUUUGGCUGGGCCACUCAAGGACAUUUAGCGACUUGUCCCGAAGCCACUCCUGCAUUGUCUUGGCUGUGUGCUUAGUGUUGUUGUCCUGUUGGAAGGUGAACGUUCGCCCAAGUCUGAGGUCCUGAGCGCUCUGGAGCAGGUUUUCAUCAAGAAUCUCUCUGUACUUUGCUCCGUUAAUCUUUGCCUCGAUCCUGACUAGUCUCCCAGUCCCUGCAGUUGAAAAACAUCCCCACAGCAUGAUGCUGCCACCACCAUGCUUCACCGUAUGGACGGUGCCAUGUUUCCUCCAGACGUGACACUUGGCAUUCAGGCCAAAGAGUUGAGUCUUGGUUUCAUCAGACCAGAGAAUCUUGUUUCUCAUGGUCUGAGAGUCUUUAGGUGCCUUUUGGCAAACUCCAAGCAGGCUGUCGUGUGCCUUUUACAGAGGAGUGGCUUCUGUCUGGCCACUCUACCAUAAAGGCCUGAUUGGUGGAGUGCUGCAGAGAAGGUUCUCCCAUCUUCACAGAGGAACUCUCUAAAGCUCUGUCAGAGUGACCAUUGUGUUCUUGGUCACCUCCCUGACCAAGGCCCUUCUCCCCCGAUUGCUCAGUUUGGCUGGGCGGCCAGCUCUAGGAAGAGUCUUGGUGGUUCCAAACUUCUUCUAUUUAAGAAUGAUGGAGGCCACUGUGUUCUUGGGGAACUUCAAUGCCUCAGACAUUUUUUGGUACCCUUCCCCAGAUCUGAGCCUCGACACAAUCCUGUCUCGGCGCUCUACGGACAAUUCUUUCGACCUCAUGGCUUGGUUUUGCUCUGACAUGCACUCUCAACUGUGGGACCUUAUAUAGACAGGUGUGUGCUUUUCCAAAUCAUGUCCAAUCAAUUGAAUUUACCACAGGUGGACUCCAAUCAAGUUGUAGAAACAUCUCAAGGAUGGUCAAUGGAAACAGGAUGCACCCAAGCUCAAUUUCGAGUCUCAUAGCAAAGGGUCUGAAUACUUAUGUAAAUAUGUUUAUUUAAUUGUUUUGUAUAAAUUUGUUUUCGCUUUGUCAUUAUGGGGUAUUGUGUGUAGAUUGCUGAGGAUUUUUAAAAAAUGUAAUCCAUUUUAGAAUAAGGCUGUAACGUAGCAAAAUGUGGAUAAAGUCAAGGGAUCUGAAUACUUUCCGAAGGCACUGUAUGAAUGAAGGUACCUAAUUUCACCUGGUGGUUUACUGCACAUUGAAUCAUUGUGUGUCUCUGUGAUUUCAGACCUCUCGAGUUCCCCUCCGGGACCCUACCAGCAGGACCCAUACAUAACCAAGACGGGCGACAAGCUCAAGAACCCCCCCAUCCUGCCACCACACCUGCUGCAAGUCCUGCUCAAUAAGGACACUGGCGUGUCUGUGAGUGAUGGUUCAGAGGCUGGAGAACAUCUUCAUUGGGAGUCAUGAUGGUGGAAAUAUGUUUUUAUUUUCUCUGAUUGGUGUCAAUUUCUUAGUGCUAAUUGUUUGUUUUCUAUAUCCUGAACAGUGUGACCCAGCCCUUCUUCCAGAGCCCAACCAUGUGAUGCUCAACCACCUCUAUGCCCUCUCCAUCAAGGUAAAUCAUUGCUUCUCUCAACUCAGAUGUUUCCUCACUAGACCAGCCACCUCAGCAGACAUGGGGUCAGUUACAUUCCCUGUUGUCAGUUGAAUUUGACAUGGAUAGAGCAAUUCAAAUCCAGUGUUAAAUAGACCUCAACUCUGCGUCUCAAGACAUCCAUGCCUGAUCCAUGUCUAUUUUAUUUUCUUUCAGGAUGGGGUGAUGGUUCUUAGCGCAACCCACCGCUACAAAAAGAAGUAUGUGACCACACUUCUGUACAAGCCGAUAUAAUCAUGCCAUCCAUGUGCUUCCUGCCUAGAAACGUUUUCAAUUAUAUUAUUGUAUAAUUCUGUGUUUUUAUAUCGAUGAUUAAACUUCUCUCUGAUAUCUCAGGUUAAUUGUAAAUAUAAUGACCACUUGAGCUUUAUUAGUUGACACAGAGCUAAAAUUUUCCCUUCAGAUAUCUUCAUUUUAGCUCAUGGAAAAAUACCUGAAUUUGCCAAACAGACACUUUUCAUGCUAGUUAAUGGAAAAGUAUCAUUGUGUAAUCGUGAGACAAAACCAGCUGCUACAAAACUACACAAAAAAGUGGAAGCUAGCCAUAUAAAUACACAAACCGGUG